AUUGAACACAGAGGCUCCAGGAAGUUAAAUCACUUGCCUGAGGAAGCAUAACCAACCCAGAAACAGCAUGUACUCACCCAUCCCCCAGAGCGGAUCCCCGUUUCCAGCCACUGUGCAGAAUCCUGGCCUGCACGUCUGGCGGGUGGAAAAACUGAAGCCGGUGCCCGUGGCCCGCGAGAACCAGGGCAUCUUCUUCUCUGGGGACUCCUACCUAGUGUUGCACAAUGACCCAGAACAGCUGUCCCAUCUGCACCUGUGGAUAGGCCAACAGUCAUCCAAGGAUGAGCAGGGGGCAUGUGCCAUGCUGGCUGUGCACCUCAACACCCUGCUUGGGGAGCGGCCCGUGCAGCACCGGGAGGUGCAAGGCAACGAGUCUGACAUCUUCAUGAGUUACUUUCCACGCGGCCUCAAGUAUCAGGAAGGCGGAGUGGACUCAGCAUUUCAUAAGACCUCACCCGGGGCCAAGCCAGCAGCCAUUAAGAAACUCUACCAGGUGAAGGGGAAGAAGAACAUUCGUGCCACUGAACGGGCAUUGGGCUGGGACAGCUUCAACACUGGGGACUGCUUCAUCCUGGACCUGGGCCAGAACAUCUUUGCCUGGUGUGGUGAGAAGUCCAACAUCCUGGAGCGCAACAAGGCGCGGGACCUGGCCAUGGCCAUCCGGGACAGUGAGCGACAGGGCAAGGCCCAGGUGGAGAUGGUCACCGACGGGGAGGAGCCUGCUGAGAUGAUCCAGGUUCUGGGCCCAAAACCUGCUCUGAAGGAGGGAAACCCUGAAGAAGACCUCACAGCUGACCAAACAAAUGCCCAGGCUGCAGCUCUGUACAAGGUUUCUGAUGCCACGGGACAGAUGAACCUGACCAAGGUGGCUGACUGCAGCCCCUUUGCCUUUGAGUUGCUGAUAUCUGACGACUGCUUUGUGCUGGACAAUGGGCUCUGUGGAAAGAUCUACAUCUGGAAGGGGCAGAAAGCCAAUGAAAAGGAGCGGCAGGCAGCCCUCCACGUAGCUGAGGACUUCAUCUCCCGCAUGCGCUAUGCCCCCAACACCCAGGUGGAGAUUCUGCCCCAGGGCCGCGAGAGUCCCAUCUUCAAGCAAUUCUUCAAGAACUGGAAAUAAGGGUGGUCGUCUUCCUGUCCAUCCAACCCCCCACUGCCCAGUGCCCCAAGACUUGCCUUCUUGCUCCUCCAGGAUACCUGGUCCAUGCUGGAGUGCCCAAGGAUGUUCAAUAAAGGAGUCGAAAGCUUU